AUGAAGCUUCUUUCUACAGCUUUUCUGCCAGUCUUAGCAGCUGCCGCAUCCUCCUCCCCUUCUGUCACAAUAGAUGCUGGAACAGUCCAGGGUGGAAAGUGCGAAGGUGGUCAAAAGGCAGUCUUUUACAAGGCAAUUCCCUUCGCUGAGCCUCCAGUCGACAAACUACGUUUCGAGCCGCCUAAAGCCUAUAAAAACCAAUAUCCUCAAGGAACACUAAAUGCAACCACUUCGGCCCCAACCUGCAUUCAAUUCUCGGAUGACUUCACCGAGAAAAAGUUGGGCACAACUGCACUGUCAUCCGAAGACUGCCUUUACCUAGAUAUUUGGGCGCCAUCUACCGCCACUGAGAAUUCAAAGCUGCCCGUCAAAGUUUGGGUUUACGGUGGAUCUGAAACAGAGGGUUCUAUUUCGGACCCGCUCUACGAUGGCUGUAACACAGCAGAGGCAGGAUCCAUUCUUGUUUCAGUCAACUACCGUGUGGGCCCCCUUGGUUUCAUUGCUCUCGAAGCUGCCGGACUUUAUGGCAACCAGGGCAUCCAAGACCUUAUUAUGGGAUUAGAAUGGGUUCAAGACAACAUCGCGGCCUUUGGAGGAGAUCCGAAAAAGGUCCUCCUCUUUGGCCAAUCGGCUGGUGCUGAGAACGUAUACGCCAUUGGCUCUCUUCCUCAGGCACCUUCUUUGAUGAAUGGUAUCAUCUCAGAAUCGGGCGGUGGUAGAAGUCUUAGCGCAAAUUCAACCCAGCAGAAGGUUGCCGCGUCAUUUGCUCAGAAGCUCAAUUGUACCAUUAGUGACAAAUCCUGUCUCCAGUCCAAGACACGUGCUGAACUGGUGGCUGCGUAUGAAGCCGAUGAAUACUUGCGGCAGGGAGUUGGAUACUACGGCACGCAGGGGUCUCUCGGUGUCCUGAGCCAGGGAACUCACAAUUUCUACCCCUAUGUCGAUGGCAGUGUCAUCGACGAAGACCCCCACAGCCGUGGAGUGCAAGUCCCGGCAGUCUUUGGAUCUAACUAUGACGAAGCCAUCAUUUAUACGUUGGAAUGGGUUAGUUUAGCUAAGACCACUCCAACCGCAUCAGUAUACAAAGAGUUCCUCCGCAGUAAUUUUGGCAACGCCGCCUCGCUUGUUGGGAAAAACUAUUUGCCAUCUUUGUUCGAACCAGAGGCCAAGCUCAUUAUUGAAGCUUCCAGUGUGUUUGCUGACAUGAACUCGACCGCGCUCGCAAUCGUUCUGGCUAUGACCCAAGUCAUUACCGAUUCCACAUACAAGUGCCCGGCAUGGUACGGUGCGGCACAAGCAACUCGCAAAGGUAUCCCCGCGUGGACUUACCAAUUCACCCACGGCUCGACAUGUCCUUGGCUGUUCUCCAUAAAUAAUACCACCGUCAGCCUUUUCAACGCCUCUCACACUGCUGAAAUUCCAUUUGUUUUCGGUAACUUGGAUAACUCAUAUCUCCCGGCUGGGGAUUGCAAUUCUACAGCGGCCGAAUGGAAACUCGGUGGCCAGAUGAUGGACUUGUGGACUGCCAUGGCAGCAAAUGGCAAGCCAUCAACUAAUGAGAUUGAGUGGCCGCAGUUCAAGAAUCAAGGGAAGAAUCUUACGAUUCCCGGUUUGAUCUUCGACAACUCAGCUGUUGUUGGAACAGUCGAUUACACUGGAUGCGAUCUGUGGAUUGAAGUGGAUGCGAUGCUAUCAGUCAGCAAUGCUACAGCCUCGACGACACCCAGUGCGACCGCUGGCAAACCGACGUCCUCACCGUCGCCCACUCAAUUCAAUGCCGCAACCAUGCUGCUCCCUCAAUUCGGGGGAUAUUUUGCUUUGACGAUGGUUCUCAUGGGACUCGCUGCACUUUAG